AUGAACUCGGGCGCGGAGGGCGCGAGUCUCGCUCCCAUCGCUCCUCCUCCUCCCCCCUCGGACUGGUCGUGCCCUCCUCAUGCGGUGGCGCCAGCAGGAGCAGUCUCAAGGGACGCCUGCCUCUGCGUCGAGGGCUUCUACAGCAAGGACGGAGAGUGUCGCACGUGCCCCAACGGCUUCUACUGCCCUGCUGCUGACAACACCGCCCGCCCUUGCCCUGCCAACUCGCAGAGCGGAACAGGAGCGAGCAAGCUAACGGACUGCACGUGCUUGCCUGGCUACUACGGGAUGGCCGGAAGCACCUGCCUGGCUUGUGGCAUCGGUUACUUCUGUCCGGGGAACAGCUCCCUUACCGCCUGCCCCCCCGGCAAGACCAGCAGCCCCAACAGCAUCGUCCUCUCAGACUGCUUCUGCAACGCUGGGACGUUCCAGUCUCUGCUGUCCUCCACCUGCAUCACGUGCCAAGCCGGUACCUUCUGCUCCCUGGGGCGCAAGACAGAAUGCCCUGCAGGGUCGUACUCCAGCGCUUCCUCCUCGGCUUGCACGUCCUGUCCUGUAGGUAAGCACGCGUGCGACAUGGUCUGUCCCGCGGGAACAUUCCUUGUGGGGUGCCGAGACAGGUCGCCGGGCUCAUGCUCCCCGUGCGACGUCAACUUCUUCGCUUCCGACGUGGCGGCCGGCCGGACCAGCUGCACCGCCUGCUCGACCCUCAGGUGCGAAGCUGGGAAGUUCCUGGAGGGAUGCGGCGGAGUCUCCCGUGGAGCAUGCACUCCCUGCCCUCCAGGCACCUACGCAGAGGACACAAAGUACCGGACUGAGUGCUCCCUUUGCGGCUCUCAGCUCAAUUGUCCAGCUGGACAGCAGCUAGUGGGCUGCCAACUGUCGUCACGAGGCAGCUGCGAUGUCUGUCCCGCUGGCCACUACUCGCUGGGGGACACCUUCAGCUGCCUCCCCUGCGUCAACCUCACCUGCUCCCCCGGCGCUUUCCGAGACGGGUGCGGGGGGAGCAGCGCAGGCUCCUGCCUCACGUGCCCCAACGGCAAGUACACGCCCUACAGGAAUGGGGUGUGGAACCAGGAGGAAUGCUCCCCCUGCCCCGUCGCCUCCUGCGGCCUCCAGCAGUUCCUCUCCGGCUGCCUCGUCCAGUCCCCCGGCACCUGCAGGGACCUCAAGUGC